AUGAAUUUAAGAUUUGUAGUAGGAUUGUUAUCAAUAAUAACGACAGUGAUCUCGUUCCAUGCAGUCCCUGUACUUUUUGCUUCUCAUAAGCUAGUGAAAGAUAUUCGGUCUUCUAAGGAAUUGACAGAAUCUCACAGUGCUGAGGAAGUAACUAACUUGGCUAAGAAACUAAUCACGCAGUGCUCGUCUAACCAAUAUAUACUCGUAAAUAUCCCUGGAUUGAGAUUAGAAGAUCUUCGUGUUAGCGAGAAGGAUAACUGGCCAUUCUUAAGGAAGUAUCUUACGAUGUCGUCGACUGUACUUGGGGUUCCUUGGUGCGAAGACCCGAUUGAUUUGAAUUACUUGGAAAAGUACAUAAUCAAGACGUGUAAGGCAGAAACCAUAAAUGUGAUACAUGAAGAUGAUGAAGAAGUAAAUGAAUAUAUUGACACCAGGGUCAGAGUUAUAAAAGUGGAGUUAAGUGAGUUGUCAGGAGAUAGUUUAGCCAGAGAGGGACAGAUCAGAAGGUAUGACGAUUUGAUUAGGAAGAUCUUGAGAAAGCUACCAUCACCACACUACUCAAUUAUAAUGACCUCAUCCAAAGUAGUUGAGAAUCAUUUUACACCACAUCACAUUAUUGAAGGGCACCCUGAGAGAUUUCAGAUUUUUAAUGAUAUUUUCAAUGACCCCAGUAGAGAAUUUGAUGUAGAGAGGAACGACAGGUUCCAUGAGGUGCCACCGGUAUUCUCUGCACCAAGACAUACCAACGAUAGAUAUUUGGCUAACAAGAAAAAAGACGAAAUCCAUUUUUUCGACUAUGAAUUAUGGAAAAAAAAUGAACAAUUGAUUAUGACCAUAGUGGUGAUGGUUUUAGGUAUAGCAUUCUUAAAGGUCACUAGCAUAAUGAAGUACGUGUUGGGCAACUUUAGUAGAACAGGAGGUGAUAAGAAGAGAGAUUGA